ACUGACAGCUGGUGUCGGCCAUGUUGCAAUUUCUGAAUUUAUCUUGAACAAUUUUAUUUUGUUCAACUUCAAACUUCAAUCAAUUCAAUUUAAAGAAUCGACAGAGUGCAUUGUAAAAAGUGAAACGAACCGCUCAAUAGUUACUAUUUCCUAAUAGUCUUAACCGAGCAUAUGUUUUGAUAGACGUUAUCCUAUAAAACAUAUUCUAUGUGAAUCAAAAAUGAGGUGAUACAAGUCAAAAACAAUUUCUAGUGCCUACGUACUUCCUACAAUGAUUAAUCUUUUGGGGCAAGGCUCUUAUUUUAUGUAAAUUAGCAUGGGUCGGUGCGGAGUGACGUAUUGUCUAUUGAAUGUGUUUAUCACGCGUCAGUAUCGUCGAGCGUUGUGACUUGUGAAGUCGUGAGCUACCCAGGCUUGAACUCUGAGCCGCUGAUCUUAUGGCAUAUAGCGCGUAGUUUGUAUUCAGUGUCGAGACAUGGCGCCGCCGAGACCUCCGCCGCCUCCCGGGCCUCCGCCGCCGCCCGGGCCGCCUCCGCCGCCCAUGUUCGGUGGAUCUAAAGGCGGUGGUGCACCCGACAACAGGAACGCUUUGCUAAGCUCUAUAAGACAAGGGGCGAAGUUAAAAAAGACUGUGACAGUAGAUAAAAGUGGACCGUACAUACCAGGGAAGGUUGCAGAGGUGUCUAACAGUGGUUCCCCAGUAGGGAAUGGAGUUAGGAGUGCUGCUCCCGUGCCAAACGGGGGCGCGGGGGCUAUGCCAGGCUUGGGAGGUCUUUUCGCUGGUGGCAUGCCAAAGCUAAAGCCUACAGGGAAAUGGGCGGGCACAACACAAAACGGUCAAAUCAAAACUGAAGCACCACGAUUUCCACCGGCGCAGCCAACACAGCCAGCUCAAAGGUCACCAGAAAAGGUUCGACCUCCGCCCACGGGUGGUAACCUAGUGGCUGCCAUAUCAGAAGCUUUAGCCUCCAGAGAGAGUUCCAGAGAGUCACCGAGAGAGUCGCCGAGAGAGCCUCCAUGUAGGCCUGUGGUGAGGAGGCAACCAAGCGAGGCCAAGGCGAGGGGGCCGCCUCCAGAGCCCCCUGUACAAAAACCUGUGAUGCCUUUGAGUUCAUCAGAUUCCGUUCUGACGACGGGGUCGAUCUCGGAGCGGAUCAGCACCCUGCAGCAGUCAGAGCAGUCGCUGCAGCCCCAUGUCGCGUCCACGCUGCAGCGAAACAGGAGCUCCCUGCAUUCCGGCUCACAGACUUCUCUGGGUGGUUCUAUGACCUCCCUCUCAUCUGCGCCCCCUACGCCGGCGCCUGCCUCCUCGCUGUCCACGUCGGACCUGACGGAGCGGCCGCGCGUGAGCCACGGGAAGCCCAACCUGGCGCCGAAGCCCCCGACCGUGUCCCCCGCGCCCGACAGGCCUUCGCCCCCGCCCAAGAAGCUCAUCGUGAAUGGGAAGCUGGCGGCAAGGGCGCAGAGCAUGAGGAUGCCUAGGUCGCCGCCGGUGUCGCCGCCGUCGCCCGCGGGCGCGCCGGGGUCCCGCCCGCCGCCGCCCGGCGCGCCGCCCGUAGUCGCCACCAAGAACCCCGCCUCGCACUUUGGUACUCUCCGCGCGUCCCGCGGACUGCGCCCCCCGGGGGUGUGCCCCCCGCCGCCGCCGGGCGCGCCGCCCCCGCCGCCCGCGCGCGCCGCCUCGCUGGCGCAGCCGCCGCCGCCUCCACCACCUCACUUCCGAUUACAAAACAACAGGCAGGAACUAACGCACGAAGAGCCACCAGCGCCCGCACCCCCUGUCCGAGGGUCCUCCAUGCGCUCGUCUGACCUGGAGGCGAGGUUCGCGGAACUGUUCAACCCUGCAGCCAGCUUCCCCAUACCCGACCCCUUCCUGCGCAUCACCAAGGGGUACAGCAGUACCACUGUCGCUGUAGCGAGCAAGGCGCCCGCACCCGCGCCGCCGCUGCGCCUGCCGCUGUCGGGCUGGUCGGGCACCUCCAGCGCGUGCUAGCGAGCGCGGGGGGCGCCGCCCGCCCCCGCGCCCCUCGCCGCCGCCCUGCACCUCGCGAACA